UGUGCGCCGUCACCACUCACCAGACGCAUCAUGGCCGCCACCACCACACGCUGCUCCUGCUGCUGCCUAUCUUAACCCAGCUCUCCUGCCUCGUCCACCACCCGCCCGUCACGCCAUGGAGAACGAGGUGCAGGUGCUGGAGGUGCUGCCCAAGAGCGAGGAGACGGCUGCCGCGGAGAGCGAACACGAGGAAGGAGAGAUAAGUGAAGAAGACGACGACGACGAAGGAGGUAGUGACGAUGGUGGUGAGACAAGUUGCUGCUCCUCCUCCUCCUUCUCUCCUCACUCUCCCGCUCCUCACCACUCUCACAACUACCCUCAACACUUCUCCUACCCGCCAGAUUUCACCCAGGAGAGGAGAAAAUCAAAGAAAAUCUCAUCUGUAACUUCUGAGGUCAUUAUCUAUGAUGACUAUGGUCGUACUGCUAUCUUCACAAGUCCUAAGAAAAGAGCAAAUAGUGGGGGAGAAACGAGUAGCUAUCCUAGAGUUGCCAAGGGAGUUAGACGGUGGUCAAGAGAUGAUUCGAGCAAAUGGCGAGAAAAGGACAAGGAAAUUGGCAAGCACCAGAAGGAUGGUGCCAUGGGCCGAAGACGGCCAAGUGCACAACUUGAGGGCGCUGAUCUAAGUGUAAGGAAAAAGAAUAAAAGGAAGCUACAAGCUAGCAAGAAAGGCAGAGAGAAGACUGAAUUUGAGAAGGAUGCUCCUGGAGACCCACAGGUGCCCAAGAAAAAGGCUGACUAUGACCAGGCACGCAGGCAUAGGAGCCCUAGUAGUCCUCGUGUUAGCGAAAUAUCUUCCUGCAGUGAUGAUGAAAGCUCUCUGAAGCCUCAGAGGGGCAGAGGGAAGGAGAACCAAGGCUCAAGCUCAGUCAGUCGAGUUCGUCCCAGAUCGCCACUGCCAUAUGGUCCUGCUAAACCUCCAUCACAGAGCACCUCUAUCAAGCAACCACCUGUUCAUAAACCUACUUUUAAAAAAUCAAGUAAACAUAUGUUACCAAAAUCUCCUGCCCAGAAGUUUAUUUAUAGGAAAUCUACACUAUUACGCAAUUGCCAUAAGCCUUCAAAGAACCUCGGCAAAGGCAGUAUAUCAUCUUAUGCUCAAAAACAAUCUCAGAUUAAAAACUGUAAAGCAAACACGGUCAAAAGUAGCAAGAUCAGUGAUGGGAAUAAAUCUGACCAACUGUCGAAAGAGAAAAUGCAAGACAUUGUACUGUUGAAGGGGCAAAAACAGCCUCCCCCAGGGAGUCUAGGAGAAAUGUUGUUGAAGAAAACGAUGAAAGGCAAACUUAAAGUGCGUGUGGAAGCUGGAGAAUCUAACACCUUGGCAGAUGAGGAGGGUAGUGUUAGUAAAUCGGUGAUAAAAAAUAUUUUACCAGUGGGAGAGGCAAUUAAGGACCUUACACCAGAGUGCUAUACACUGGAUCAAGAAGAUGAAGAUGAGUUACAGCUGAGACUGAUUGCCCUUCAGUCCUCCCUUAGGGUCCUCAGUGAUGUCCAUAAAGAAGGGCAAGACCUGGCCUGUGGAUCUUUGAUCUCAAAAAUACCAUCUGAGAGCAAUGAGGAGACAAAGAACAUAAUUCAAGUUGAUCUUGACCAGCUGCAGUUUGUCCCUAAUUUGUUUCAACAGAGUAGGGACAAAUUUAUGGUUAAUAGUAACUUAGAGAGCAUUUCUGAACAAAGGUGUGAUAAGUCCUUUCCAGAACAAGGGAAUGUUUUGGAAAAUUCAAGUGUUGAAAAAAAUAUUCAAGGUGGUGGAGAAAGUAGUAUUAUGCGAGACAUUGAGGCUAUGUUAGAUGGAAUUAGUGAGUGUUCCACACAAUCACCUGCAACACCAGACAAUAUAGGGUGUGAAAUUGUAAUUGAUUCUAUCAACACUCAUAAAAGUUAUAUGGGUUCACCUGCAACUAGUAGUCAGCAAGUUAAUAACGUUGAAGACGAAUUGAUUAGAGAUGCUAAAGAGCUUUCAGACUGUAAUCAGGAUCCAGUUGAUAUGGAUAUUUGUGACAGUUCUCCAGAAGAUGAAGAGAACACACUUGAAGAUGAUGUCCUUCAGGAGAUUGGCGAUGACAUUCCUCUCGUUAUUAAAGAAUCUUUGGACACACCAUCUCUAAUGGAUAUUUCAAAUGAGCGUUCAAGCUUAUUAAAUGAGCAAUCCUCCACUUCAAGUGGGCCAGAAGGACCACAGCAAAAUAGUAAUUUCCAGAUACCAGUGGAAUGGGCAUACAUGAUGCCGCCACCACCACCACCAGACCAACCAGCCAAUGAUCUUAGCAACAUUGACAACUGGUGUUAUGAUCAAAAUAUGUAUCUCCAAAGUAUGCAAUCACAAUGCGACUCGAACACACAGUACAGCCACUAUGAUACGCAAGAAUUGAACAAACCUGACUGGGAAGGACAGCAGUCAGACAGUCCACAGUGGAAUUGUUCUCACAAUGAGGAUCAUGCAGUAAAUUUAACAAAUAAGGAUGUAGUUUCUAGCAAGGCAUCAAUGUCCCAAGAUAGUGAUGGAUCUAAUGUUAGCAAAGUGGAGAAUCUUGAAGAAAAACAUGUUGCAGACUCUCAAAAGAACUUGAAGGAUUUACCUGCAGAGCAAUACCAGGCUUUUAUGAAAGUAAUGAUAAAACAACAGACCUCACAACCUAAGCAUACAAGUAAUGAUAAUGGCCAAAGGAAUUUGAUUGAAGUUCCUUUAAUAAAAGAUGUUGGUAAAUAUUCAAGUCAGAUGUGCACUGCAAAUCAACUUGUAUUGAAGUCACAGAUUAGCCCAAAUCGAGGUAUCAUGAUUAGUAAGAAGAGUGAAGCAAGAAGGCGGAAGAGAGAGCGUCAGAAAAAAAGAUCAAUCCAAACAAAAAAGAAGCAGGGUUCAGCUUCAACAAUUGUUAGACAUUUAGAACAAGUGACUGUGAAUAUAGAUCCUAUGCAAAAUGCCGAACCUUUACCAGAAGAGGAAGAUGAAGAUGUGUUGCGUGCUAAACUUCUGAUUGAUUUGUCAAAGAAAAAGCAGCAAAAAGCAGAAACUCCAAAACCGGUGCACAAAUUGUCAGCGUCUGUUAAAACUGGCAAGUACUUGUGUCGCCAAAAGAACUCUGAUCAAAAAUUUUCUUAUGGGUGCCGAGAAACAGGCGAGCUCUCUCCUGCUCACAGUUAUCCUUCAUCAUCAGAGUCUUCUCCAAUUGCCAGAAUACGUGUCGGUCAAGCGGCAUUUUUAAAAAGUAUGCACAAACAAUCCAGGAUUAAGGAGGGUAGUCCAACACACACGUUUAGAACUGAUUCACGACCAGGGCUUUCAGAUAUUGGUGGCUUUGGUUUAGACCCCAAAAGUAGCCAGUAUGAUUAUGUUGUACCUCAAGAUUUUUCUGCCCAUGCUGAGGGUCCUAAGUUCAAGUUUCCUCUAGUCAAGCCAGUUAUUAUCAACUUGAACUCCGAUUCAGAAGAUGAAACUGAAGAAGGUCGGAUUGGGAAACAAACCAGUAGGAAAGAAAAUGUUCCUGAAGUCUCCCAUAGUGGUGCGAUUAGCUCGAGCAUUGAUCUCUUUUUGAAAAGUAUACGCAAUGCUAGAACUGGUGAAGGUAGAAGUAUACCAGAGAAUCCAAGACCCUCCGGGAAUAGCUCACCGAGAACCAAAAUAGUCCCCAAAGACUCGACACCUAAUGUUGUGCGACACUUGAGUCGCACUCAGCAGGUGGAAUAUCGUCUUCUCAAAGAACAGCUGAGAAUGAAAGAGAUGUUACAUCGCAAGAAAAAGUUGCAACAACAGCGACCAUUUAUGUCUAACAGGUCCACAUUUUCUGAUACCUCUGAGGGUUCUGAUCGGGAUAGCAGAAAUAGUUACGGAGUUGCUAGUGCUGGUCCUAGUGGUAAAUUUCAUAAAGUUAGCAACUUUGGGCCAGAGAGGGAGAGUAUUCUUGAUUGUCCAGAGCCAGAUGGGGCAAGUGGUAGUGGAGGAAUGUCCAGCUCUAGAGAAGUUUGCUUUAAAGAAAUGGGAAGAUUACAGAUUCAACUUGCAAAUAUUAGCAAUUUCGAGAAUCAAGUUAAUGUUUUCAGCUCUGGAGAGGUUGACGACAGAGGAAGCAAUGAACCACAUCCAUCAAAUGUAGUUGGUACAAGUGAGUCAUCCCAGGAAGUGUCUGCAGCAGAGGAUGAAGAUGAGGACACGUUGAGAAUGAGGGUGCUCCAGACACUACAAAAGAAUAUGUCGGGGAGAAAAGUCGAAACAAUUCCUGGAAGAAUCACACCCUUGGGAGACAUUUCUCAACAUGAAACAUCUGAUAUGUAUAUUUCGAAUGUUCCUGAAGAUGAAAAAUCAACGACUACUCUAAAAGUAGUCAUACAUCAAAAUGUUCAUGUUUCAACCAAGAGUGUUCAAGAGUCGGCAAGUCGGCGAAAUGAACGCCAAGUGGUUAUACAGCAAAAUGAGACUGAGGGUAAACAAGAAAGUAGCCGAGAGGAGCAACAUGAUGUGGAUAUGGGGGGAGAAUGGAUGGUGUUGGAUGAAGUUCUUGAAGAGGGAAUUGAAGGGAAUGGUGGCAAUCACAGCAGUGAUGGGGAGGAUGGUAAACUAUGUCGUGAUUUUGAAACUGAGAAUGCCGAGGAUGAAAUGGCAAAAGAUCAUGUGAUUUUGGGGGUUAAUUCUAGUAAUAUUGCUGGUGGCUUAUCAGGUGUGAGAAAGCCUACAUUAGAGGGAAAUGAAUGUAGUGGGUUGAUUGGGGCAGGUGAAACAGAAGUGGCAGAGAGUACCCUUAUGACGGGUGUGAAAAAUUCAAAGGUGAAAGAUAAAGGUGACAGUGGGGGGCUCAAAGACAGCUUGAGUACGGUAUCACAUGAGGAACACAUGGCAUCUAAAAACCUGGCAUGUAUUAGUACUGGCCAGGACAUAGAAGGUGUGGCACAAGUCUGUAAAGAUAGUUUAUUGAAGGAGGAAAAAUCGGGGAACAGUGUUAUUAAUGACAAAGACAAACUGAAAAUGAACAUUCAAAGUAGGACUUACAGUGAAGAUGGAAGUAAAGUAAUGGAUGUUACUAGUGUUACAAUACAAACUUGUGGAAUACUGGCGAGUGAAAAUAGCGGGCCACAUAAGCCUGAUAAUAUAAAAGACGGAGACACGAACGUAAAUAAAGGAUUCAGUAUUGGAGACGUGUCUCUCUCUAGUAGUAUACCAUCUUCCUCUAGUGUCACACAUUAUGACACACUAUCCGAGAGUGAUGUUGAAAAUAUAAAGCCUGGUGUAAAUACAUCUGCUAAAGUAUGCAACAAUAUUGAAUCUGUUAAUACUAUGGACAAAGGAUCACCUCCCGUGGAAAAGCCUCGGGAGGUCCUUUUAAGAACUUGUUCCAAAGUAGGACAACAAAAUGCCACUGACCAUAUUAAUGGGUCAGAAACAGACCUUAAUGCAGUACAAAUAGUGGACAUGAGUGUUAAUGUAAAACGUAAAUUGCAAGAAGUUGAAAAAGAGAAAUGCAAAUCACUCAAAAUAAAUGCAAAAACAUCAUUGUUAAAACUUUCGACAGAGAAGCAAGAGUUGAAAAUUGAAAAGCAAGGCAUUACCAAAAAAACUGAAACAAAAAUGGGGGGUGCAACUCAAGGAAAGUCAGUUAAACCCACAGAAACUCUUUGUCCAACUGACGUCAACAACUGGGCAGUCUCUGGGAAUUCUGUGAGCAGUGGAGCUAAAGCUGAGAAUUCUGUGAGCAGCGGAGCUAAAGUUGGGUACCAGCCAAAGGCUUCAGGAAAAGGAGUGUGUCAAGAAGAUAGAGAAAAGUCAGUUAAGAACAAGAGAAUUUUGCUUUUAAAAGAGAUAGAACAUAAAUACUCUGAUAAACGGCUUGGCCUAAAUAAGGUAAUUACACAACUGGCAUCUCUAGUUCAAGAAGCAAAAGAUGAGGGAUUGCAAAUGGAGUCUCUCAAGAAGAGUCUGAUGGACCUGCGGAAGCAGUUGAAGGAGAAGGAAAUGCAGUUGGAGACAAAAUCCAGUAUAUUCAAGAGCAAGAUGGAAAGUAUAAGAGAACUACAGACACAAAUAACGACAGAUCGGAAGGUGAUAAAUGAUCUAGAACAGAAAGGAAAGCUUCUGGGUCAACAGGAAUAUGGAAGUGGCUACACUCUUCCCAAGGUGCUAGGCUCACCACAUUCCAAAACAAAGGAUGCAUUUAGAAAGAAGCAGCUUGCUAGCAACAUAGAUGCUCUUCGCCAGCAAAUGCGUGAUGUAUCUAACAAAAGUAAAGCCAGGCUCCAGGUUGAUGCCCAUACAGACAAAACCGGGAGUAUUAAAGUACUCAAUAUGGCAGAUAAUAACCAUUGCAGCAUGUCUAAACCUGCACCAAAAAUUGUCUCGCCUAACCAGAAUUUAGGCAAUUAUGGUACUGCCUUUGAAGGCAAUGUUAAAGCUACUGUUAAAACUCAAUUACAGGCUGAAAAGUCUCAAAAUAAAGUGAACAGAAGUAGCUCCAGUCCAGUUGCAUGUUCAUCAAAAAGUAAAUGCUUCUCGCCUGAAAAUGUGUGUGGUGGAAAUCCGAGUCCGAAGCGUAAAGAAGCUCCAUCGUGUAAUGAGAGGUCUACGAAAGUGGCCAGAUCACAAAAGGACGGCGAGAACAGCACCGUUCUUGAGAAGGGAGCAACAGCAGGUGAAGGGAAGACUUCUGGUGCUUCCCUGUGUUCCAGUCAUGAAGUACAUUUAAAUACAGUAGAAGAUGGAGAGAAGCUUGACGAGAUGAAUGAGCUGUGCCCCCACGAUUUGCUGGGCCGCUGCAAUGACGACUCCUGCACUUACCAACACCUAGCUCAGCCCAGAAAUGGAUCCUGUGGUUUGAUGAAACCAGCAGCAAGUUUAACAGCAAAGGCUGGGGAACCAUUAAGAUCUCCCAAGACAGGGAUGAGUAGGAGUGGGAGAAUGGGACCCAACACUGCAACAGUGAUGAUCAAACCAGGUGGAGGGACAGGGACGCAAGGCUUUAAUGUUGGUACAAAGUUGAAGGGAUCAGAUGGCAUAAUAGAUAGGGCAGGACUAAACUCGGAGAUUAAAGGAGCAGUGAUGGUCUCCAUGACACAAGUAGAAUCAGGCACAGGUAAGCUGGAAGGUGGACUAAUAGGGCCAACUGCUGGAACACUGAGUUUAGGAUCAGACCUAGGGCCUGUGCCGAGAGUGGGGACUGAGGGGCCUGUGCCGAGAGUGGGGACUGAGGGGCCUGUGCCGAGAGUGGGGACUGAGGGGCCUGUGCCGAGAGUGGGGACUGAGGGGCCUGUGCCGAGAGUGGGGACUGAGGGGCCUGUGCCGAGAGUGGGGACUGAGGGGCCUGUGCCGAGAGUGGGGACUGAGGGGCCUGUGCCGAGAGUGGGGACUGAGGGGCCUGUGCCGAGAGUGGGGACUGAGGGGCCUGUGCCGAGAGUGGGGACUGAGGGGCCUGUGCCGAGAGUGGGGACUGAGGGGCCUGUGCCGAGAGUGGGGACUGAGGGGCCUGUGCCGAGAGUGGGGACUGAGGGGCCUGUGCCGAGGGUGGGGACUGAGGGGCCUGUGCCGAGAGUGGGGACUGAGGGGCCUGUGCCGAGAGUGGGGACUGAGGGGCCUGUGCCGAGAGUGGGGACUGAGGGGCCUGUGCCGAGAGUGGGGACUGAGGGGCCUGUGCCGAGAGUGGGGACUGAGGGGCCUGUGCCGAGAGUGGGGACUGAGGGGCCUGUGCCGAGAGUGGGGACUGAGGGGCCUGUGCCGAGAGUGGGGACUGAGGGGCCUGUGCCGAGAGUGGGGACUGAGGGGCCUGUGCCGAGUGUGGGGACUGAGGGGCCUGUGCCGAGUGUGGGGACUGAGGGGCCUGUGCCGAGUGUGGGGACUGAGGGGCCUGUGCCGAGUGUGGGGACUGAGGGGCCUGUGCCGAGUGUGGGGACUGAGGGGCCUGUGCCGAGUGUGGGGACUGACGAAACAGAACCAAAUGCAGAAGUAGAUGACAUAAGAGCACAUGUCAAGAUGGGAACAGGCUCGGAUACUGGUGAGAGAAUUGCUGCUACUGGGAGCGAGAGAUCCAAUUCCAAGACUGUGUGCGCAGAUCAAAACACAGAUUGUGGUGCUUUUGUGGAGGAAGACUUUAUACCCCUGGAUUUCAGAAUUGAAAGUAUAUCCAAUGAAAAUCUGAUGAAAGUAGACAUCGAACAUAAAAUUUUGGGCUGCGAUUUGACUAGUGGCAGUGUACACUUGAUGCCUGGUACGAAACAAGAGCAUGCAGAUGUUUGCGAGAGACUAAAGAGAGGGAGAGAUGGUGAUAGUUCCUCAUUAGUAAACAGCGAGUCCACCAAGAAAAGUGAUAUAAAGUACAAGAGACGCAGACAUAAUAGCGAGCACAACACUGUCUUUAGUUGUGCAGUUUUGCCAAGUAAUGGCGAGUGCAAAGAUAAAGAUGGAAAUUCUUUUUCCACUCUAGAGCAAAGAAAUGACGACAUUGAGACUGAAACAGAUGUGAGUAACAUUUAUAUAGAAGAUGAAGGACACACCAAUAAUAGCAUCUCGAAUGUGAAUACCAACAUAUGGACAGUGGGGAACUAUGAUGGCAAAAGUAAAACUGAUGAGCAGGUGCAGAUUAUUGAUGUCCCAUUUGAGGAAUUAGUUGAUGAGAGCACAGUUGAUGAUCCAUUAAUAUAUAUGGUUUGUACUACUGCAUCUGACUCUUCAAUGGCUGGUAUAGACAAACUACUCCAAAAUAAACAAGUGGCUUUAAAGGAAACUAAUAAAGAAACAAGAAUAAUCAACAUAACUGAAGAUCAUGAUAUGAAUGACUCGAGUGAUACUGGGAAGUCACUUUACGAGCAAUCCCAGGAAGAGCAUCAGUCAACUGGAACAUUUGAAUUAAUAGUACAUGGUAAAGGAGUUCAGAAUAAGAACAAAAAGGGUAAAUCUAAAGUUAAAGCCAAGUCAUGUAAAUUGUUGGACCCUGAUGCCGAGCAUGCCCGACCCUCUGGUCGGCCAAAUACUCGUAGGAAAGCCAAAGCUGCUAGUAUCAACACUGCUGACAAACCUGACGAAGCAUGCAAUGAUCCAAUUAUCAUCCAUCAUCAGAUAACCAGAGCAGUUGGCAGAAGAAUUAGAGAUGCUCCAAAAAAAGUUGUGAAACGGCCUCCCAGAAAUUGUUUAAAGAGUGUUGUUAAUCACUGCAACCCAAAACGCACAGCUACACGGCAGAAACAAAAUCGUGGUAGAGGUCGAAAAAGGUAGAUUUAAGCCAGCAUGUUGUUCAAAUUGAGACUGCAUUCAAGUCAUUAAAACAUUUUAAAGGUCAAAGGAAACAUGAUGCAUAUAGGGAUGAAGAAAAACUUCCCCUAACAUGCAAGUAACUCUUGCAUAAAAUACUCCCAACCUUGUCAAGUUCUAAGGGCAUUAAUAUUUUUAGUGCAUAUUUAAUCAGACACUUUAUUCCUUCAUUUAUGGAAGAAUAUGGUCAAGGAGUUUAAAUGUAAAAUAAUAUCAUCAGACUUCUCAGGUUUUCAUAUUCCAUACUCAGUUUAAAUGGUAACAUGCUAAAGUUACUUUUAAGUACCUUAAAUAUUUUUCAUAAGUUCAAAAUUAGUUCUUGCUUCAUUGUAUUAUAAAAAGUAUUUUUGUAAACAAUAAUAUGAGUUUGGAGUUUUCAGCUUGUCUGGCACAGCUGCCGCCACCACCACCCAACUGGCUGCCUGGCUUCCAAGGAAGUUAUUAAUCAGCGGUGACAGGUGGAGCCCGGCUGGUUGACGGGUGAGGGUGAUGGUGGCCAGGCUGGGUAAGACGUAGUUAUCACUCACUCGACACUACUCUUAGGCCGACACUUCUCACAAUCAAUCACUUUAAAAAUAUGCAGUCACUUUCGAGCUGGAGGUUUCUCGGGACAUGGUUUUAAUGGACUGUUUUUGUGUUUUCCUAUUUCUUGGGUGAAAACAUUGAAAUUGGUUAAGUGUUUGUAUGUAGGUCUUGCAAUUACAGUACAAUUCAAUAGAACUUUUUAUAUAUUUUAUUUUUUAAAAGUGCUACAAGUUUUUUUGUUUUUGUUUUUUUAAGUUCUGUAACAUUGUUUCAAGUUUUAAUCAUUUUGGGUUCUCAUGUGUUUAUAUGCAACCUACUGUAUAUGUAUCUUGUUACUUUAUCUUGGAUUUUCUUUUUAUAUGCACUGCAUGUUCAUUGGUGGAUUUCUUUCAGUAUCUGAAUUUGUCUUCAGUGGGCAAUGUGCUAGUGAUAUUCAUACAUAGUAAUUUCUGUUUAGGUUCGUUAUUAUAUUAAGUACGGAAGUUUUCAAGUGUUAAUGGCUAGGAUUUUGCACCCGUGAAAUGUGAUGGGAACAUUAACCAAGUGAGUUAGCGACAUUGAUAAAACAUUUGCUUCUUUGAGGCAUACCAGAGGACUGUUUUUAGUGUUGCAACCGAACUAGGGUGUUGUGCAACAUGGCGGACAGCUACAGCCAGUGUUCGUGAGCCUUGGAUGACCAUAGGAGACAUGGAACUUCUGUGCCCGUAGGAGAAGAUUGAGUACUAUAAUGGAUCAAGGCAUUGGAUGUUCUCGGAGCAUCGUGGCCGUCUUUUGAUCAUCUUUUGUUCAUCAUUGUCACUUCUGGUGCUGUAAGUACAAUCACUGCACAAAUAUGUUAUUUGUGCAUGAUUGGCUGUGAAUAUGUACAUAUGUACAUAAUUGAUACAAUAAAUAUAUUAAAAAAUAA